AUCCGUGCAGGAAGGGCCGUGGCUUUAGCGCCCUGCCGCCGCCGCCGUGUCUGCUGGGAGAACUCACUACAUCCAAGAUGGCGGCGAGCAGGAGGUUGGGAAAGGAACUUGAUGAAAUCCGCAAAUCUGGAAUGAGAAAUUUCCGUCACAUCAUAGUUGAUGAUUCAAAUAUUUUGAACUGGCAAGGGCUCAUUGUUCCUGAUAACCCACCUUAUGACAAAGGAGCCUUCCGGAUUGAAAUCAACUUUCCAGCAGAGUACCCUUUCAAACCACCCAAGAUCACCUUUAAAACAAAGAUCUAUCAUCCCAACAUUGAUGAGAAAGGGCAGGUGUGUCUGCCAGUCAUUAGCGCAGAAAACUGGAAACCAGCUACCAAAACCGACCAGGUUAUCCAGUCCCUCAUAGCAUUGGUGAAUGACCCACAACCUGAGCACCCACUGAGGGCUGACUUGGCUGAAGAAUACUCAAAGGACCGUAAAAAAUUCUUUAAGAAUGCAGAAGAGUUUACAAAGAAAUAUGGUGAAAAGCGACCAGUGGACUAAGACUUGGCUGUUGUGAAUCCCACAAAACUCAUUCGACCAGACCCAGAGCAGUGCGUUUCAGAAGCACCUCGAAGCAGGACUCGAUGUGGAUCACAGACGAGUGCCACCCCAUGGUGUUGCUUGUGCCUGUUACUAACUUUCUACUGUUUUCUUAAAUCCAAAAAAAAAAUUAAACAAAAUGCAAAACAAAAAAAAGGUUUAGAAAAUAACCUGUAAAGAUGGGAUUAAAAAUACACACAAAAUGUUUUAGUUGUGCUUUUGUUUGUUUAAAAUCACUGCUUCAGUAGACUAUACAUAUGAUGCGAAUAUAUUUGACUAAUGUUAUCAAAGCCAGAUCUUAUGCCCUUCAGGAAAGAAAAAAAAAAUGUUGUUUGUUCUGUUAAACUUUCUUUUUUAUGCUGUCCCCUGAACUCUGCUUUCUUCCCCACUCCUCCUCCCCUCCCCAAGAGAAUGUCUUGGUAAAACAGCAGUCCUGAAGGUGGAUGACAACUGUUUCAUGUUACUUUUGCGUUCUGUGGAACUUGCUUUAUCAAUUCCCCUUAUCUUCAGUUUGUAACAUUUAAUAAUCAGAGUUACAGCCUAGUCACCAAUUCUAAUGUUUCCGACAUUAAAAAAAAAAAAAAAAAAAAAAAGUGUUUGUCGUUGAAGAAUUUGUUAUGAGAUUUCUGCUUACAAAUUCUGUAUCGUAAACGUUUUAAAGAUUUGUUUUCUUUUUUUUGCCAAAUAAGAAACGAGUUAUAUUGUCCUUUUCAGCAUAGAAACUGAUAGUCAGUCAUUAACUAAAAAAAAAAAAAAAAAAAAAAAAAACAUUCCCUGAGACUUGGUGAGAAAAACAAAGCAGAGCAUAUCUAUAUAUGCGUGCCACUAAAUAAGUACGAAUGAGCAUUAACUUGUGUGUCAGAAGGCAAUGCAAGUUAGACAGGUAGUAACAGUUACAUGCAAAGUGUUAUGGAAACUGUAUGAUACCAGGUUCUGCUGAAUUAUUGCAGCUGCAUAUGUGAAAAAAGCUAUCUUUUUAAGAACAUACUUUUACAAUGUUUGUUGAAACGCAGCACACAUUCUUAGAAGUACAUGAGUACUCAGAGUGCUUGUGCAGUAACUGCAUUCCCACAUUAGCCCUAAAUAGUGGAGUUGUCUUUUGAUGUGUUAAGUGAUGUGUCUUACCACGGCUUUACUUCUUUCUGCAGUUGUGUGUGUGUGUGUGUUUUUUCUGUUAAGUUUCUGGAAUAUAUUUAUGAACACAGCAUCUUUUACAAAAACAAAAAUAAGGUCUACUUCAUUCCACAUACCCCAGAGCUCUCUGUAGUGUGGUUAUUCUGAUCCAAACAGUCCCCAAUGCGAUUAAUAGCAGCAGCAUUUAAGUGACCUAAAGAUAAUGAUAUACAAAGGGAACCAAUAUACAAUUCGACUGGGAUUUUUGUAAUUUGUCCCAAUAUUUAAUAAUAAACAAUCGAGUAAUCAUGCCCAGUUUACUCAGAACUACUCUCUAGCAGUCGCUGUGUUCAUUUCACUGUAAGCUAAUGGUUUUAGGUUUUAUCAUCUCAUUCAAGGUAUUUCCUUCACCACUUUGUUUUUCUAUAAAAGGUGUUGAAUCUUCUACACAGAGAUGUGCACACCAAUACAAGCUGACUGGGGUGUUUACAGGAUCAGCAGCCAUACUACUAUAUAUAAACAAACAGCAGACGAUUCAUGAAAACAGAAGGGUUUGUUUACCUAAGGAAUUAGUUCCUAGAGUAAAAUUGCUUUUUCAUCUGUGGUCAAAAAGAACACCAAAUGUAAUCACAUUAUUUCCCUGGGAUGUACCAUCACCUUGCUUGGAAAAUGUCUUGCCUAAUAAAAACCUAUUGGUAUGUCAUGUAAA